AUAGAUUUGAUGAAAUAGCAUAUGCUUAAUUUCGUUAUUAAAAUUACUACUUACUUUUACGUAUGUACCCGAACAUCUAAACAUACAAUAAUAUACCGACCAUCAUGCCCAGGAUUGGGAUGAACUGGAGAAGCUGUUGCACCACACAUUCUACAAGGAGCUACUGGUGGCUCCAGAGGAGACGAAAGUCAUGUACGCGUUACACCCACUCACACCAGGCAAGGACAAGGAACAGAUGGCAGAACUGCUCUUCGAGACGUUUAUAGUUGACGAAAUAUACUUGGCCCAGAGUCCAGCUCUGGUUACACUGGCGAGUGGACGAACCACUGGCUUGGUCUGGGAGAACGGUUACUCGUGCUGCUACACCGCUCCUGUUUUUGAAGGGUUUCCUCUAAAGCACUCGAUAGUGACAUCUCAACUGACAGCUCAUGCUGUCACCGGCUUUCUGCUUGAGCUGAUGAAGAAAAUUGGUUAUUCCUUCACUACACCAAUUGAGAUUGAUCUCGCUGAGAAGAUUAAGGCAAGCACCUGCUACGUAGCCACAGAUCUAGAAGCCAUCCAAGCCUCUAAAAUGUCUGGUGGCGACACAAAACUCCGCUACCAGCUCCCAGACGGGCAACACAUCAUUUUGGACGACGAAAGAUUCUUGUGCCCCGAAGUGCUGUUCAGACCUUCCCUGCAAGGGUUGGACUGUCCCAGCAUAGUUGAUGAUGUAAUCAAGUGCAUCAGCCGAUGUGAUAUCGAUUACCAGCCUUUGUUCUACGAUAAUAUUGUAUUAUCAGGUGGCGGCAGUCAGCUGACCGGGUUAGAUAAGCGUCUACAUCAAGACCUCUCGUUGAGAGUUCUGGAUCAGCCAAACUUAAGGGUAACAGUAGACGCCAUGGAGUCCCGACAGCACGCCACGUGGCGCGGCGGGUCCGUGCUGGCGUCCAUGCACGCCGUGAAGGGUUGCUACCUCACCAAGCAGGAGCACGAUGACGCGGGCGCCGGGAGGGUUAGACAGAAGUUUUACUGAAUACACCCUUCAAUGUU